AUGGCCUCCAACGGAACCCAGAACGGUGACCGCAAAGCCGAAAGCCUCUACCAUGUACUUUUCUCCGUCUCUCACAUCCAAAAAGACGUCAACAGUGAGGUUGAGAAAGUCCGAAUCUGUGGUACCUACACGACGCUUCCUGCUGCCAAAGCCGCUGCACACAAGACCCUCUUCGAAGCAGGAUAUGAAAAGGAGUGGUUCACCGAGUUCGACACCAAGCACGAAGAAUUCGUGGCCCACGGCAUAAAGAGAAGGACCGGCCUCUGUGUCCUGGCAAAGGCCUCCGACGGCACAGUUUUCCGCGUGAGCGUGGCGACGACGCCCAACGUGCAGGGAUUCGAAGGGUCCGCCGAAGAUCACAAAGUUCACCAGGACCUCUAUCAUGUGGUGCAGACAAAUGUGCUGUACAGCGAAGACGACAGCGGCGAGGCCAGAGAAACGAAUGUCGAAGGAUCGUUUACUUCGUACGAACAGGCGAGGCAAUACGCCAGCCAGGUCCUGCUGGCUCCUGAGGACGACGUGACCAAAGAAUCAUUCGCCGAGUACGACGAGGCUGAAGCGGGAGAGAAAGAUUGCGGCUACGGUGAGAAUGUGGUGGUGCAUGCCGUGGGACAGAAUGGCGAAAAUAUCCUAGUGAGCGUGUUGAAGGGACAGGAGAUGGAGUCGGUAAGAUUGGCCGAGGCCGCGAUGAGAAUUCGCUCGUUCAAUUAG